AUGUACGUGAGGUAUAAGACUGAAAUAGUACAAAAUAUCAUAAUUUGCUUUGUAAACGACAGCGCAAAUGUUUUCAUAUUGUGGUGGUACAACGGCGUAUUCUCAAGUUCGACGGAGUUGGCCAAGAUGAAGCUUGUAAUACCAAAUUUGUUGGAGUUUAUAGCGUUAAAAUCUAUGCUAAUGUUGGUGUUGAUAUCGUCAAUGUUAUUCAUUUUAAAUUGUAAUGGUGCUGUAUUAGUGCAGAGGCAUAGCUCUAAGUUGACAAAUGAUCGUCCCAUCAUUGGUGUUUUAUCACAAGAACAAUCGUUUUAUCUCCAUGGUAAAUAUCCUGAGGAGAAUUACACAAGCUAUAUUGCGGCAUCCUACGUCAAGGAUAUUGAGGCAGCAGGUGCACGAGUUGUUCCAAUUCUAAUUGGAAAAGAUCGUAAUUAUUAUAAGGAGCUUAUGAGUAAACUGAAUGGUGUCUUUUUUCCUGGUGGUGCCACGUACUUCAAUCAGUCCAAUGGGUACGCAGACGCUGGUCAGCAUAUAUAUGAAAUAGCUAUGGAACUCAAUGACGCUGGCGAUUACUUUCCUUUAUUUGGUACCUGUCUCGGAUUUGAACUGCUCAUAAUUUUAGCAUCAGGACGCGGUGACAAGGAAAACAGAAUCACAUGCUAUUCAUAUAGCAAUGCGCCAUUGGACUUUGAGGAUGAUUUUCGCACCAGUAAGAUGUUCGCAGAAGCACCUGAAGACAUUAUUCAAAUACUUGCAAAUGAAGAUGUCACAGUCAAUGCUCACCAUUUUUGCAUCGUCGACAAAAAUCUGCAAUCGCAUAACCUCGACAAGGAUUGGCGCGUAACGUCUCACAGUGAUGACGACUAUGGAGUACAGUUUAUUGCAAGUAUUGAACAUAACAGGUAUCCAUUCUAUGGAGUUCAAUUUCACCCAGAAAAGAGUUCAUUCGAGUGGAAGCUGUCAAAAAAUUACCCGCACUCGAUGAAUGCAAUUAAAGCAAAUCGUUAUUUCAUGGAUUUCUUUGUCAAAGAAUGCAGAAAAAAUCUUCACAGUUUUGCAAGCGCGAGAGAAGAGAAUAAAUAUGUGAUAUAUAACUAUGAACCUCGUUUCACGGGAGCGUUAGGAAGCAUGUACCACCAGUGCUAUUUCUUCGAACCUCGAGGGAGUGUGUCAAAGAGAAAUUUUCUCUAA